AUGGAUGAGAAUAUCAGCUUCAAAGAUAGUCCAAAACUAGCACAAGUGUCACCUGAAAUGGUCAUUAUUCAACAUGACAAUCAAACCUGUUUGUUUCCAGCACAUGCAUCUCUACGACUAGCAGGAUUAUCCAACAUUGGAAACUCUUGUUAUCUAAACUCGAUUUUACAGGCAUUGUCUUCAUUACCGAGACUUCAUUCCUAUUUAGAUAAAGUCAGCAAACAUAGUUUAUGGUCCAAUCUACCAGUGACACGUCUAUUAUUACAAACACUACGGCUUUUAUCCGUGCCUUCCGAACAGAGUUUUGCUCCAAACGAGCUUAUUUAUGCUUUACAAAAAAGUUCUUUUGUCUUGAAUGCACAACAACAAGAUGCUCAAGAACUAUUACAGUUUAUACAAGAAGAUUUAGAGAACGAAAGCAAAAAGGCACUUGAUCUACAAGGACUUUUAGACAUAUUACACCCUAACAAAGCGACGUUUGAUCCCGAAUUAGAAUACCCGAUCCAAGCUUACUUUCAAAAAACACUUGGUUGUACUGUAUGCGGCUAUUCAUCGAGUGCGAAUAUAGAAUUGUACAAAUCCAUCCCCUUGACAGUACCUAAAGGACUCAACUCUACUACCUUGAAUGCCUGUUUGACAGAUUUCUUAAAGAACGAAUCUUUUCAUGGGCUCGAAUGUGAAAAAUGCUCUAUGGAGCACCACAUAAAUCAGCUCAAACAAACAUAUACCGAUAGAGAAAAAAUCACUACACUAGAACAGAAGCUUGCCAUGAACAUCAUAGAUCAAGACGAAUACAGACAUGUGAAAGACAAGGUUUAUGUUGAAAAGACCAAGACCAUAUCUUUUUUCAAGCCACCCAAGAUUCUCUGUUUCCAAAUUGUAUGCUCGUCCUUUUCGCAAGAUCAAGGAGCAGUCAAACGACCACUGAGUAUCCAAUUCCCGCCAAUAUUAGACUUGUCUCCUUUUGGACAGUUAAAAAAAUAUCAAUUAAUGGCACUUGUUGCGCAUGAAGGUCGACAGCAUCAAUCUGGACACUAUCUUACAUUUAAACGCCGUAUUGUUGCAAGACAAUGCAAUUGUAAACAAUGCGGUCAAGACAAAAGCAGUUUUGAGCCACACGACCAUGAUUGGUUCAAAGUGUCUGAUACACUUGUAGAGCCUUGUCAUGUUCAGAAAGUAUUGCGACAAAACCCAUACAUGUUGUUUUAUCAAGUAGUUGAAGACAUUCCUAUACAAAGCUUGUUUGAUUCUAUCAAGACAAACAUUCAAACUUUCUUAUUCAUGAAAUCUGCUGUCAAGAAAAUGCAGACACAAAAUUACUUAGCACAAUGCAAGAUUCCAAAGCCUGAAGACUGUCACCCUUCCAUCCCUAUUCUAGGCCAAUAA